AAACAGUCUGGGGAAACCUUGCCCACCAAUCAAUCCUCAUCCAGUUCUAAACUUUCUCAUCAUGGACAUUGUUUUUCUCCUCCUGCUUGCUGGGGUAUGCUUUGCAAGAGAAUUGCCUGAUGGCUCAUCAUUGAUUGAGUUUCGAGAAGAAAAUACCAACUUCUUACCUUCACUCCAUUCAAUCGACAUACCAUCAGCUGUGAUCCAACGUGGCUCAGAUGGCUCAUCAUCAUGUCAUGUAUCAGCUGGCAAUGCGGAUCUACAAGGAGAAAACUCCUCGCUAAAGGAGAUUGUGAUUCAGGAUGGCGCAGGGGGAAGAAGCCCGGGCAAAGAAGUUCCAACAGAGAUCAGUAACUCGGAAGACUCACCGCAUUAUCUCAAAUUCGAUGGAGGGCAAGUUGCCUCCCAUGAUCUCAAAUUAUCGGGAAACGCACGCGAAGCAGAAAUGUGUUCAAUUUGCCUCAACUCUAUACCCUCAACACAGGAUCCCGUUUUCUACUUUGGGCAAGAAUGCAGACACAACUUUUGCAACGAGUGCAUUGAUAAUUGGUUGAACCAACAACGAAAACAGGCCACCUGCCCAGUGUGUAGAUGUCCGGUUGAAUGGACUAAAGAGCUGGCAGCAAAAUUGCCAGCGGAAGAAUUACAAUUUGAUCAACCUUGUCGCAGUAUGAUGCAAAUUAUCAGGUCUCUGUCAAGAGAGCAAGUGGCGAUUCUAACUGCUCUUGUUCUGUUCUUUGGUAUCUUGAUAACGAUAGGCCAAAUUGUACCAAACAUGUGGUGAAAUAGAGAGGCACUUACAUAGAUUUAUCAUUCCUUGCAACCUAUCAUUUUUUACAAAACCUAGAUUUGUAGUAUUUGAGAGGGCUCAAAAACUGAUCACCAAGAAUUUGGUGACGACAUCCCGGCAAAAGCCCGAUGCUGAGCGGCUCAACUACAUGAUACAUCCUGGUAGUGGGGCUAAAUUUUGGUCCGGAGCCGGUCUCGAGAUGAGCGCUCCUUAUUCCAAUUGAAACUUUCAUAUUUUGUCGUCUGCACAGGC